CUCUAGGCAGAGUAAACACUGAGCUGGCACAAGGGCCGCAGCCGCAGGAUGGGGACUCUGUGCCCCACUAGGGCACUUCACAGCCCCAACGCCAGAGGCCAGCAGCGGGCGUCAGAUUACAUCCAGAUAUUUGCGAACAAAGAUCGAGUGGAAGAGAAAGGAGCAAAACCAAAGCAUGCUCUGAGCACCAGAGCCGUGCAGGCUGAGAUCAGGGGGCCUCAGGAAGAAAGCCAGAAGUCGAACCUGCCAGAGGGGACAGUGGAGAGGCCGACCCCCAUCAAUGCUUCAGGGAUAGAAUCUGACCUUCUCACCCAGGCAGAGGCCCCACCAGGGCAGGAAGAAGGAGUUCCUGGCCCAGCCCAAGUGCCCCCUGGCCACCUGCCGCUGCCCACAGAGUUGGAAGCCAAAGCUCCUGGAGCAUUCACUGAGAAUCCUGGGACUGACUUGGAAUUGUCUGCGGCACCCAACAGGGUCAGGGAGGCCCCAACCAGCCAGGAGGCUUCACCCAGUACAGAACGAGGAUCAUCAUUCAGCAGGCCUGACCCCCAGCCUUCAGAGGCAGGCAUGAGGCUGACUCCAGGGCUGCCAGUCCAGGCCAAGGCAGCUUACAGUGGUGGAGAAAUACCUCCGAGGAUCUCCAUCCACGUGCAGGAAACAGACACCCCUGGGGAGCUGCUUGUGACACGAGGGGGCAGCCUCAGACACACACCCCCUGAGGAGGCUCCAGCAGCUGCCUAUCCAAGUGAACAGGACCCACCUGGGCCCAACCCCCAGACCCCUGCAACCAAGUCAGAAAAACAGAUCCCAAAAGGAGCCGGCAAGAUUUCUCUGCUGCGGAAGCAGAGCAGCAAUGAGGGAGCAAAGGCAGAGGAGAAGCAGGGACCUGGGGCUGAGUCCACCAUGGGACCAAGAGGGGCCAGGAGGAACACGGGAGACCAUGCUGGAGCCCCGGGCCGGCAUCAGGACAAAGUCCCAGGGACAGAACACCCUGAGCCUGGAAAGGACUGCACAGCCGGAGGUGUGGGCAGAGCUGAAGCAGGAAGUAGGACCCCCCUGGGGGCCGAGGCUGGCAGUGUGGUUCUGGAUGACAGUCCGGCCCCACCAGCCCCUUUUGAACACCGGGUAGUGAGUGUCAAGGAGACCUCGACAUCAGCAGUUUACACAGUGUGCCAGCAUGACGUCUUGGGAGGGGGCCGGUUUGGCCAGGUCCACAGGUGCACGGAGAAGUCCACAGGCCUCUCGCUGGCAGCCAAGAUCAUCAAAGUGAAGAGCGCCAAGGACCGGGAGGAUGUGAAGAAUGAGGUCUACAUCAUGAACCAGCUCAGCCACGUGAACCUGAUUCAGCUCUAUGAUGCCUUUGAGAGCAAGAACAGCUUUACCCUCGUCAUGGAGUAUGUGGAUGGAGGUGAACUCUUUGACCGGAUCACAGAGGAGAAGUACCAGCUGACUGAACUGGAUGUGAUCUUGUUCACCAAGCAGAUCUGCGAGGGUGUGCAUUACCUCCAUCAGCACUAUAUCCUGCACUUGGACCUCAAGCCGGAGAACAUACUGUGUGUCAAUCAGACAGGACAUCAAAUUAAGAUCAUUGACUUUGGGCUGGCCAGAAGGUACAAGCCUCGGGAGAAGCUUAAGGUGAACUUCGGCACUCCAGAGUUCCUGGCCCCAGAAGUCGUCAACUAUGAAUUUGUGUCCUUCCCUACAGACAUGUGGAGUGUGGGGGUCAUUACCUACAUGCUACUCAGUGGUUUAUCCCCGUUUCUAGGGGAAACAGAUGCAGAGACCAUGAAUUUUAUUGUGAACUGUAGCUGGGAUUUUGACGCUGACACCUUUGAAGGGCUGUCGGAGGAGGCCAAGGACUUUGUUUCCCGUCUGCUGGUCAAAGAGAAGAGCUGCAGAAUGAGUGCUACACAGUGCUUGAAACAUGAGUGGUUGAAUAAUUUGCCUGCCAAAGCUUCAAAAUCCAAAGUUCGUCUCAAAUCCCAAUUAUUACUACAGAAAUACAUGGCUCAGAGGAAAUGGAAGAAACAUUUCUACGUGGUGACUGCUGCCAACAGGCUAAGGAAAUUUCCAACUUGUCCCUAAUUCGCAACUUGGCUGCUUCCAUGGGUCCCAGAAGUUAUGGACUGGUGGUGAAGUGAUGACUCAAGAAUUUUUUUUUCUUAAACAGUUUAUUGUCAAGUUGGUUUCCAUAUAACACCCAGUGCUCAUCCCAA